AUGUUUGUUUGUUUAUUUAUUUAUUUUUGUAGUGUAGUGUGCGCGGCGAUGGGGGAGGGGGGGGAAUUUUUUUUUGGUUUUUUUAUUCUUCUCCUUAUCUUUGUAGCCUUCGGCGCCGUGCUGCUGCUUCUCAUCUACGGUGUCCGCUGCUGCCGCCGGAAGAUGCAGCGGCGGGAGUUGGAGCGCAGGCAAAACGCCCACGACGAGAGGGAGCGGCAGCGGGCGGUGCAGCUGCUGGAGAUGCUCAGCAUCCUGCGGGAGCCGAUAACGUUCCCCGCCUCCGUGCAGGGGAGAACGGCAUCAUUGGCGUCCUCGACGCGUUCGCCGGCGUCAGUGUCGAGGACGAUGCGCAGAGGGACGCGGAUGGGGAACUCGGCUUCCAUGCACUCGGAAGGUGGCUGGCUGAACGAGAGAAAAGACAGCAACGACCUCGUGCAGAAUGUACCGUCUGAAGUAGAAACGGCGGCUGCGGAAACUGCAUCCACGCAGGUGCUCCGCUCUUCAACUGUCUCGUUCCACAGGUAA